AUGGAGAAACCUGACCAAGCACCGCCAGGUACUGUGAUCCUGAUCGAUUUUGAGGGCACUCUUGAAGCACAACAUAGCCGCAAUAGUACGGAUGUUGUCCUCAACCCAGUGCCAAGUUCGGAUCCAAAUGACCCCUUAAACUGGAGUCUGGCAAGGAAAUGGAGAGCGACUCUAUGCGCGCUCUUCUAUACCUGGAGCGUAUGUGUCUCAUCUUCGGCAUGCUAUUCUGUUUUCGUCCCAAUUCAUGAAGAAAGCGGCGUGAGUAUCUCAAAGCUGAAUGAGGGCACUGGCUACAUGUACUUGCUGUUCGGCUGGGCAUUGCUCUUCUGGAUACCGCUUGCCUUGGCCUAUGGAAGGAGGGGAGUCUAUUUGAUGUCACUUCUGGGAACUGCGAUGAUGAAUAUAUGGGCCGGUUAUGCCACCACAAAUCCCACUUGGAUUGCCACCAGAAUCCUCAUCGGGUUCUUUGGGGCGCCUUGCGAGGCUUUGGCUGGGGUUACCAUGGCUGAUAUAUGGUUCACGCAUGAGCGCGGCACAUAUAUGGGCCUAUUCACCCUGGCCAUGUUUGGAGGAACACUUGGUCCUGUUCCGGCCGGGUUCAUUACUGAUGCCAUGGGCUGGCCUUGGGUUCUGUUUUGGUGUGCGAUCCUCAACGCCGUUGCAUUUGUCACCUGUUUCUUUGCGAUGGAAGAGACCAUGUACUUCCGACAAGUCAACGACGCAGAGACUGAUGGUUCGAGCCAGAAAUUCCGAAAAGAAGCCGCUACAGAAACUGUUCCAGAUGCGAUGAGCUCAAACGAGAAGCAUAAAAUGGGAAUCGGUGCACAGGAUGCUGCAGACACUAACAUCUCAACCUCGUAUGCUGUGAAGUCAUAUUUUAGGAAGCUGGCGCCAAUUGCUGGACGAGGCGGUCGCCCAGCUCACGUCUUGCAGAAAGUCGUUUGUUCGAUCCAGAUGCUGAGGUUUCCACCGGUCGUUUUUGCAGGGUUUAUCUACGGCUGUUAUAUGUGCUGGUAUGCAGUUGUCAACGCAACCCUCAGCCUCUUCUUUGGGUCGUCUCCUUACAACUUUGCACCCAGCAUCGUUGGUCUGACAUAUAUUGCUGAGAUCAUUGGCAGCUACCUGGCUGGAUUCUGUGCCGGAAAGCUUGCUGACAAGUUGAGUAUUCUGCUGACCCGAAGGAACGGCGGCAUCAUGGAGCCCGAGUUCAGACUAUGGUGUUUCGUUGGCGGUUGCAUUGUCACACCCCUUGGGCUCUUGUUAUUCGGUGUCGGCUACGCCCAUGAACUCAGCUGGGUGGCCCUCGUCUUUGGCAUGGGCAUGGUGGGAUUCGUCAGUCCCGCUGCAGGCUCUCUUGCCGUAAGCUACGUCGUCGACUGCUAUCAUGAACUUCGAGGCGAGGCUCUGAUAACCGUCGUGAUCAUUCGCAACACAAUAAACUUUGGUUUCAAUUACGGAGUAACUCCAUGGCUAGAGAACAAUGGGGCUCAAGACAUGUAUGUCACGGUAGCAGUCCUGGCGUUUGCCACUACAGCCUCAUUCCUCAUUAUGAUCAAAUGGGGACGGCGAAUGAGAGUCAGAUCCGGAGAGGCGUACUGGAAAUAUGCUAGGCAACAUACAUGAAUCAAAAUGUUCUACUAAUAUUAAGCCUGUUAGGUCGACAAGGGAGCAAUAGGGCCAAUUUUAUCACACUAAUUUUCGUUAACGGGACGACGUUCCUCUCAUUAAAUAAAUAACUACAACCGA